CCCGCGGGCCUGCUGCCCGAGCCGGCGCUCCCGGCCAGAGCUUCUCGCCGCUGCCUCUAGUGGGCCGGCGUGACGGACGAGGAGAACUCGGGCACCCCCGCGCCCCGAAAAGCCGCGCGGCGCCACUGGGAAGGGCGGGGACCCGGAGAGGGCACUCGCUGCCAGCUCCAGGCUUCUUGGAGGAGACUUUCCACGCCCUCGCCUGCGCCUCCACAGCCCACGGAGAUCCUGGGCGCGGGGUGCCGCCCCCCCGCCCCGCGCGCGGCCAGGCGUGGCUGGGAGCCACCGCGCCCUUCUCCCGGUGCGAGCGCGCCGCGCCCCGGCCCCGACUCAGCCGCCCGGAGGCCCAAGCGGCGCGCAAACUUUUGCUCUGCUGCCGGGCGCUCCUCCCUGGCACGUGAAGGCCCCCGGCGCCCGCGCAGUCGCCAGGUUUGCCCCGAGAGCGGGUGCCGCGGGCCGAGAUGCUCCUCCGGGACCUGGUGCUGCGCCGCGCCUGCUGCUGGCCCUCGCUGCUGCUGCACUGCGCGCUCCACCCGCUCUGGGGCUUCGUGCAGGUGACACAUGGUGAGCCCCAGAAGUCCUGCUCCAAGGUGACUGACAGCUGUCAACACAUCUGCCAGUGCCGGCCCCCUCCUCCGCUGCCCCCACCACCCCCGCCCCCACCACCUCCCAGACUCCUCUCCGCCCCAGCUCCCAACUCUACCUCGUGCCCUGCUGAGGAAAGCUGGUGGUCAGGGCUGGUGAUCAUCAUCGCGGUAUGUUGUGCCUCCCUGGUCUUUCUCACUGUGCUCGUCAUCAUUUGCUACAAAGCCAUAAAAAGGAAACCCCUGAGAAAAGAAGAGAACGGCACCAGUGUUGCUGAGUAUCCCAUGACGUCCUCGCAGAGCAACAAAGCCGUGGAUGUGAACAGCGCAGUGGUGUGAGUGUGCAGCCCUGGACCCGCUGGACAGAGGGGAACCUUGGUGGCACUAGUGGACACGAGCUGACACUGGGCUUGCCCAGACUUCAUUGCCUUGCCGGUCUCGAGCCUCCCAAAGGAGAAACCAUCCUCUUCCCGGCCUUGCCCCUGGUCAGCCCACAGGCAGGGGCAGCGCAGCCCCCAGGUUGAGCCAGGCCCACCUGCAUGCAGCCCCCAGGGCAGCACCACCCCCAAGGCUCUCCACACCUCUUCCUUGUCUUGUGUUUGAUCCACCGUCUGCCAGCUACUGUCUAAAGCACGCACUCUGUCCCAGCCAGAGGGUCUGUCUGUUUUCUGCAGCGGAGAGGCGCCCCCUUUAGCCAAGAGAAAGGCAAUCCAGGGACCACUCCCCUGCCAGACAACCUGUCCUUCCUCCCAGGAAGCCCACGGGCUGUUCCGUUGACCAUGCCAUUCCCAACAGAAGCCAUUGGCACAGCCAUGAGACGUCCCUUUUUUAAGGUGCUCCCCACACAUCUGUCUGUUGCCCCAUCUACUGUCGUCUUCAGCCGUCAUGGCCUGGUCUUUCCCUCCUGUUCCCACUGACACCUGGGCCCCUGGAUCCUGACUCCCUGCCAUGGAAGGCUGUGAGCCCGGCCUGCCAAGUCCCCUCCUGACUGAGCAGACAAAGGGGCCCGUUUACACUUGGGGGUAGCGCCUGGCCUUCUAGGGGCAAAACAACUCCUGAGCCCAGGCCAAGGGCCCAAGAAGAACAGAGGUCACUACACUUGUUCUCAGACUCAUUCCCAUACCUGACCCUUUGGAACCGAUGCAUCUGUGUGAGCCAGGCCCUGCCUUCGUUUGGCAGAGGCCACCAUUUGUGCCAAAGCCACUGCGGGCACUCUGGGCUGGGCUGACCCAGCCUCCCUGACUCUCCCUUGAGGCCCUGAGUGGGUACUCAGACCCUCUGCUGAGAGCCGCCAGGCCUCCCCUCAUCCAGUGGCUUCCUCGAAUGUCUCUUUCUGAGGUCUUAUGUUCUAAAAGUGCUAAAUCCUCCAGAGUGGAUGGUGGACGAAGGGAAGGAAAGGGGAUGAGAGGAAAGGGACCUUCCAAGCCUGUUUCCCAGGAGGCCGCCCGCCCUGUGGGUACAUCAUUAGGCCCAGGAGACGGUGGCCCUGUGAUUUUGCAUCCCCUGGUGGACUGGGGAAACGCUUCUGAUGCUGUGGUUCCCUCACCACCCACACAUUUGCUAGGAAGGAACCAGACCCAUGAAAUGGUUCUACCUCCGGCCACGUAGGAACUUAGCUAGGUGGACCUGGUCUGCCUCUCACAUCACCAGUGUAGUUCUCUAGUUCUCUGGAGGGUCUCGGGAUGCAAGUGAGACUCACAUCCAGGUGAGAGUGACAGACUAAAAGAAAGCCAGUCCCCGUUUGGGCUGAACCUUGACACAGCACUGUCCUGGAGCCCUUGUGCCCAGAGUUGUCUGUGCACCACUGUCCUUUGGGGAGCAAGUGGGGAGAAGGUGAGUUUGCUGCCACCCUGAUCAGCAUGCAAAGGCUGCAGACAGGCCCCAGGCAUACCCUCCCAGAAAGGGUUUUCUCUUUUCAGUUUUCAGUAUGAGGACUCGCUGUGGGUUUGGACGUGGGUUUUGCUUUCCCUGCACACCUUAGCAUGUGCCACUCGUGGCCUUCAUCCCCUCCUCGCCUGGUGAGCACGUCACAGCACUCCUGGUCGCUGCCCUCAUUUCCCCAAGGGACACACAGCAGGGGGACAACCAGACCAGAGGCUGUGGGUCCGCAGCAGGGUAGCCCCCACCCCCAGUGCUCUCUCCCCAUGCCUGUGCCUCCUGUGAGUCCCCUGCCUGUUCCUGAGCAGACACCAGAACCUGGGCAGGACCGGCCCUAAGCACAUGCAGAAGGGGUGAGUGCAAAGUUCAGCCACAGGGGAGGGAAGGAUCCUAGGUAAGCGGUAAG